UUACAAUAGGGAGGAGCCUGUCAUAUUCGCCAGAAUCGCUACUACUCACAGUUUCAUUUCUACUUGGUAGAAAAGUACUGAGUUUUUUUGUUAAAUUGCAAAAACUGGAAUUUACAUGAAAAGUAUUGGAAUGCAAUUCAAUAUUUUGCUUCAGUAGUGGACAAAGAAUACCGAAACUAAAGACUUAAAUAGGGUGGUUAUUUUCUCUAUAGUUCUUUGCUAAUUUUGUUUACUUUUGAACGUGUUCGUGACUUCCAUCAUUUUAACACGUAUUCAUAUAUGCAAUAUGAUAUAUUUCAACUAAAGCUAGAGGCUAAAGAAGAAAGUGCAACUGUAAACCUCAGACUGUCACUUGUAGGAAUCAUCUCUAGGCAGUGAUGUUUGAGCAAAACGGAGACACUGCUGAGGCUGCAGAUGGACAAGUCCAGGAUGAUGAUGUUUCGGACCCUACUGCAAGGAUUUGCGAGGAGCUGCUGAAACUCAACCAACUCAGGGUGUACAAGUGGAGGUGGUUUGUCCUUGGCGUUGUUUGUCUGAUAAACUGCUCCAAUGCUAUGCUGUGGAUCAGCUUUGCUCCAGUGGCAGAUUUAACAGCAAGCUUCUUUAGCAUACCCCUGGAUAUCGUCAAUUUAUUUUCCCUCGUAUAUCUUGUUAUAUCUAUACCAGUGGGAUUUGGAGCAUCAUGGCUGCUGGACACAUUGGGAUUAAAAUCUUCUAUCCUUUUAAGUUCUUGGCUAAAUAUGAUUGGGAGUGUUAUACGCUGUUUAUCUAUCAUCACUUUCUUGAACACAGGAGGAGUUGGAGCUAUAUACAUAUUUGUAGGACAAUGUAUUUGUGCUAUUGCACAGCCACUAAUUCUAUUUGUUCCUGCCAAACUUGCUGCCGUAUGGUUCCCUGAUCAUCAAAGAGCAACAGCAAACAUGAUUGCUUCUAUGUCAAAUCCUCUAGGAAUCCUUCUGGCGAACGUAUUAUCACCAACAGUCGUGAAAGUGGCUAAGGAUGUACCAAAAAUAAUUGGUCUGUACUCGCUUCCUGCAGUACUUGCCUGUACCCUGGCUACUUUUGGAGUAUGUGACAAAGCUCCUCCGUCACCACCUUCAGCAAGUGCCCGUAAAUCUACAUCCGAGCCUUUUUGUUCCGGUGUAUGGCAGCUCCUGAAUAAUAAAGCUUAUUGUAUCCUAAUGCUGUGUUUCGGAGCAGGUAUUGGCAUUUUUACUGCCUUUUCUGCAUUUCUGGAACAGAUCUUAUGCUUCAAUGGUUAUUCAAAUUUUUUUUCAGGUCUCUGUGGGGCGCUGUUCAUUUUCUUUGGAAUUAUCGGGGCCUUAUUGUGUGGACUGUAUGUUGACAAAACAAAAAGGUUUACAGAGGUUGUCAAGAUAUGCUUCUCUAUGGCUUCACUAGCAAGUAUUGCUUUUGCUGUGGUUUCUAAUUUCCGUAACCAAUCUGGUUUGUUGGCAAUUAUAUGUUCAAUAUUUGGAUUCUUUGGAUUUUCUGUUUACCCAAUUGCUAUGGAGCUUGCAGUGGAAUGUUCCUACCCUAUAGGAGAGGGGACCUCGACAGGCUUGGCAUUUAUCUCUGGCCAAUUUCAGGGAUUGGUGUACAUGGUAAUCUUCCAGAAAAUCUCUAUACCUUUUGCUGUGUCGUCACUGUCUUCAUGUGGUGUGAAUCAAAUUGAAAUAUACAACUGGUCAUAUUCAACUUUAGUUCUUGCCGGUUUAUGCAGCUUUUUCUCGUGCAUCUUUGUCAUCUUCUUCCAUACGGACUAUAAGCGCCUAAACGCUGAGAUGAAUCCCACCCCAACAGAAGAAGAAACACAACAGAUAGGCUCAGAAGAAACACAAAUUCCUGUAAUGUAGUCUUCAGUUUUGUAUGAUUUUAUACCGUGUUAUUAACUCAUGGUUUUCUGUUAAAGAAAUAUCUUCCAUUGAUGGAAGACAUCUUAAAUUUUAUACAGUGUCUUGCAGCAUGAAACCUAAGCUUUUUUUUUUUUUUUUGUAAGUUAUUCUCCGAAAACACCACAUUGGUGCAUAGAGAGAGUUUGGCUUGAUCAGUGUUUCCCAACCUUUUUUUUUUUUGUUUUACCUCCAGAAAUCCUUAAUAAACUUCUGACAUUCAUGGAA